CUCUGAGGAAACCGGUCUUUCUUGAAACGUGAUCAGAGUUAAUAAAAACGUUCGAGUCAGAAACAGAGUCUUCAGACCUGCUGGAAUCAUGAAGCUUCUAGUGUGCACCUUCCUCCUUGUGCUGCUCGGUACCGCCUCAGUGCAUUCUCUGCAAUGCUUCACGUGUGAAGGUGGGAAUUGCAAGACCCCCACAGAAUGUCCUGAACACACCAACUUCUGCAAAACUGUCUCAACACCCGAUGUGUUCACUCGGACUUGUGAGGAGUUCUGCGUUCCCGGAGUGGACACCUUCUGCUGUCAGGAAGAUCUGUGCGGCUGACGAGCGGCUCGUCGCAACGAUGUGGCUUUAAAAUAAACUACACGCUAAUCAAAUUAAAAAUCAAGUUACUCAAGUGAUUCAAAUGCAUAAAUAAAAAUCUAACAACCUUA